UCCGGAAGCGCAGCGCCCAGCAAGCGCCACGUCUGUCCCUGCACCUUAUCCCUGGUCCCCCAGCCACCGUCCCACCCGCGCGGAGCGCACGCCCGAGCCGCGGCCCACGGGACUGGACCGGGAGCAUCAUGGGCAGCGUGGCCUCGCGCUCCGCCUGCGCGCUGCCCCUUCUGCUGCUGCUGCUGCUGCUGCAGGCGGAGCGGCCGGGGGGCGCGGAGCUCACCUUCGAGCUUCCUGACAACGCCAAGCAGUGCUUCCACGAGGACGUGGAGCAGGGCGUGAAGUUCUCCCUGGAUUACCAGGUCAUCACUGGAGGCCACUACGACGUUGACUGCUAUGUGGAGGACCCCCUGGGGAACACCAUCUACAGGGAAACCAAGAAGCAGUAUGACAGCUUCACACACCAGGCUGAGGUCAAGGGCGUUUAUCAGUUUUGCUUCAGUAACGAGUUUUCCACCUUCUCUCACAAGACCAUCUACUUUGACUUUCAAGUGGGCGACGAGCCCCCCAUUCUCCCAGACAUGGGCAACAGAGUCACGGCUCUCACCCAGAUGGAGUCCGCCUGUGUGACCAUCCACGAGGCUCUGAAGACGGUGAUUGAUUCUCAGACGCAUUACCGGCUCCGGGAGGCCCAGGACAGGGCCCGGGCUGAAGACCUGAAUAGCCGAGUCUCUUACUGGUCUGUUGGUGAGACGAUCGCGCUGUUCGUGGUCAGCUUCAGCCAGGUGCUGCUGCUGAAAAGCUUCUUCACAGAAAAACGACCCGUCAGCAGGAUGGUCCACUCCUAGUUGGGGCGCUCUGCUCCCAGGCCCCUCACACCCCAGGACGGAGCAGCUCCCUUUGGUCACAGGCUCCUGGGGCUGGUGGGU